AAAUAUUGUCGAAGUUUCACAAAGACAAUUGAGGACGAUGAAUUGUUAUAAAAAAUUGGUGCUCUUAACAGCCAUUGCGAAACAGUGAAAUUGUAUCGAUUGUAUCACAGAGACAGGGAGAUGCAUAACUAUCAAUUUCUAUGUGGGAGCAAGUUUCUCGAAUAUUGAACACGUGGAGAAAUAAACUAGAUCGACCCAGUUUGGGUCAACUUUGAGUCUUUAUUCAUAUGGGAGGGGUACCAGAACAAUUUUGUGAGAAGGGGUCCCCUUUACGACCACGUGGCCAUAUAAGCAACGUCUGCUGACACAAGUGAAACAGAGUCUUGCACCCCCUCGGUGAUUCGCACAUCGGCAUCAGGUAAUUUUGUCUUUCUCGAGAUUACAAGCUUUAGAACACUUCUUUACUAGCAAUUUCACACUUAAUUUACAAUUACAAUGUUUCUACAAUGUUACUUCAAUUACUAAUCCUAUUCUACUAUCUUUAUUCUAUUUAUUCUAUUUAUCUUUUCAUAGUUUGAAAAAUGGAAGAAACUUCUUAAUCUGAUAUAUAAUUUAGAAGUUAAAAAAUUUAAAAGCAAAGCAUUUGUUAUUUAUCCAUAACAGGGAAAAUAAUCUGCAGCAUUUAACAAAUUAAUUCGAUAAUAAAAGAUUCAAAUUUGAUUGAUUAUAUUUACCACAUCAUCCCAGGAUGAAGUUCGGAGUUCUCUUCACAAUGGCAGCUGCUUUGCUGCAAGGUGGAUAUGGUGGAUUUGUAUCUAUCAGAAUGCCAUAUUUGAAUCCAGCCGGAGUAACUUACAUAAAUGAUAUCCCAUCCGAAGGAUACCUUGCAUACAGUGUCCCUGCUAAAGUUGAAACUGAACACAUUGGAUAUACCGCUGCCCAAGUACCAGCAGUGGCUGCUGUGCCAUACAUCAAACAUCUGCCAACUGUCUCUCAUGUACCAGUUACGAAAAUUGAGGCUCAGCCUGCUCUUUUGGAAAAACAAUUGGACGUCGUAAAGCCAGCUGUUUCCACUCGUAAAUUUGAGGUACGUCGUCCAGCAAUCCAGAAACAAUUCUUCGACAUUGAAGAACGCGUGGUCGUUCGUCCAGCUGGCUCAGCGGUAGUUGAGCUUGAUCAACCCACUUCCAAGAUUCAAAGAGGACCAGCUGUUAUUCAACCUCUGCAAUCGCAGUUCUCGAAUCUUCAAGCAUAUCCGUCGCUGCAAUCUUUCCAAGCGUCUCCGUCGCUACCAUCUCUCCCAUCUCUCCCAUCUCUUCCAUCUCUUCCAUCUCUUCCAUCUCUGCCAUCUCUUCCGUCUCUGCCAUCUCUUCCAUCUCUUCCAUCUCGUGGAAUAGAAUCUUCUACUCCAUCAUCCAGCGAAGAUAACGAAACUGUCGUGAUUGACAAUCCUAACUUCCGCAAACUCAAUGCCCAGAGCCAAGAUCGUGUAUCUGCAGUUCAAACAAGAAAUGGUGGACAAUCAGACGAACCUCUCAUUAUACGUGAUCCUUCGCCAAACGUUGUCCUCAGCCCCAAAUCUUCCCCUGACACAGACCAAGAGAACCAGAACAGACUGCUCGAAUUGCUCACUGCUCGUGGCAACGUUGCUGAGGUCGGUUUUGGUCGCCCUCUUUCCCAAUCUGCAAUCGGAGACGCUGGAAAUAUUCGAGGACGUGUGAUCUCUGCUACACCAGCUCCGGAAUCAGCAGAACCAGCUGACGAACGCGUUUCUACGCGACGUGUCGUGGUUAGCAGGCCGAUUGAAACUCUUCAGGAAGUGAACGUGGUGGAACCUGCGACCAAGAUCGAAAGAGUGUCCGUGCAAGAACCUACCUACAUAAAAACAGCGCGUCUUGAUCAUGUUCAGGUUCACAGUUCUGUACCAGUGGUCGGAAAGGCUCUUGCACCAACAAUUGCCCAUGCUGCUGUUCCGGUUUAUCAGAAGACAAUCUCACCAGCUUAUGAGUAUUAUCAUUAAAUUGUUUGACAAUCUUGCGAUCCUAAUUUCUUGAUGCUCUAAAACAGGAUUCAACGUUAACAAUACGAUGAAUAUUGAAUAUUUUAAUAACGUAAUAAAUUUCUUACAUAAAUCAUUGAAUAAUUAAGUCGAAAGAUUUAAAAUUGCUUUUAAUCAGUAAUAUAUUUAAAUCGUUAUUGUUUGAUGUAAAACUGUUAAUAAUCAAUAUGAUUUGUACUUUAUCUUAUACAAAUAAUUGCAAAUGUAAAUUGAGAAAGACUUUUAUACUGCUUUUGUAGAGGAAAUUAUAUGAAUUAUGUCCUGUGAACAAAUAGGAAUUUUUGUACCUCGUAUUUCUAUUUUAUAUGUAUUUCAAAAUGUGUUUGUAUAAAAAUGAAAAUAACACGUGGUUCUUUUAUUUCUUACCAAAUCUGUUACUUGAAAUAUAUGAAAGUUGAGAGAAACGAAAAACAAUUGAUAUCAUUCUUUACAUAUAAACAAAAUACUUACACAUAAAUUGAAAUAUUUUAUAUUUUGUAAAUUAAACUUUUAAUUAUUAAUAAUGUUCCCAAUAACUUUUUGAAUUCAAAAUUUUAUUCUAUAUGUAUAUAUAUAUAUUAAUAUUAAAAAAAGUUUAAAUUAAAUAUAUACCUUUUACAAUGAAGUAGAAAACUAACUGCACAACAAGGCACUAAAUGUAAAUGCAUUCAAUGCAUCUCAAUAAAUACUACAAAUAUUUUCAGUCAAUUCAUACAUCUUUUAUGCGAAAGAUCCUAAUUAUCAUACAGAGAAGUGCAAGGUCUCUCGUAUUCUUGCGUAACUUCCUUUCACUGGUAGUAUUUUCUUUUCAUUCCUUUCAUCUCUCAUUUAAUUAUAUACAUUAUUCAGAAAGCUGAGAAAUUUCUUAUAAUAAGCGAAUCAGUUCCGACAAGGGUAACCACUGCCUCUGGGUGAAUUGGUACAUGCAAGGACGUAACAUUGACCUAAAUACAAUUAUACAUCCGUUUCCUUGGCUAUUAUAAGUAAUUUAAAUAAAAUUAAAUCGAUGUAUCAAAAUGUCUCUACUUAAUAUCUUCAUUUCGAAGAGAAGAUGUAUAUUCAUUGUUGUUAAUGCAUACAAUUUUGUAUAUAAUGAUGUAUACAAUUUUCGACGCAGUUAAAAGGCUACUUGAUCCAUUCAAUAGGAUAUGUAUUAGUAAUAAUGAAUUUUUUAUGUAGCUAUGAUUAUAAUUAUAAUUAUAUCUCUUU